AUGUGGGAUGCGAAGAUGGACGCCAAGGUAGAACGGACGAAAACGCGUCCUAUUGCAUCCGGUCGGAUCACACAUGGUCAAGCAACUAUUGCACUAGGUCUACAGCUCGCUGCAGGGCUAGUUGUUCUACUUCAGCUCAAUACGUACAGUAUCAUUCUAGGGAGCUUGGCGCUAGUGCCAGUCACACUUUAUCCACUCAUGAAGCGUGUGACAAACUUUCCUCAAGUUGGUAUGGGGCUUGCUUUUACUUGGGGAUCAAUGUUGGGAUGGUCGGCUGUGGCAGGCGCCUGCUACUGGCCAGCCGUGCUCCCAUUAUAUGCCAGCACAGUGACAUGGGGUGUGGCUUAUGACCUGAUUUAUGCGCAGCAAGAUAAAGCGGAUGACAAAGCCGCUGGCGUAGGCUCCAUGGCUCUUUUGCUUAGCGACAAAGGCACUAAGAGAGCGCUUGUGGCCCUAUCUGUGGUAUGGAUGGCGCUUCUUGUCUACGCUGUUCAAGCCCAGUCGCCGAUCUUUCCAUCGCUUACGGCAAAGGAUGGAUCAACCCUGAGCUUGCAUGAAUGGGUCCAACUGACAUUUGCAACAGGUCACCCGUUCUUUGCUGCGUCAUGGCUUGCAACGGUCGCGCACAUCUACUGGCAAAUUCACACGCUCAAGCUGAACAAUCGCAUGGACUGCUGGGCUAAAUUCUGCAGUAACAGGUCUGUUGGUCUAAUUAUAUUCACAGGCUUGGCAGCUGAUUAUCUCUACCAAUGGGGUAACUCUUGCAACACACAUGACAAGAAGCCAGAGUUACCGAGUGAGAAGGCAUGA